AUGAAAAAGCUUUGCAUCCAACAAGCACAGCGUCACUCUUCCAACAGAAAUGUUGGCACAACUACGUCUGCUGCCAAGAUCCUUGUCCAACACAAGAGUCAUUCACUUGCUACUUCCUAUCAGAUGGACUCUCUCACCAACAACUCAAAGGCCAAUUUUAGUUCUUCCAAAUUCAGUUUGAGAGAGUUUGAAAAGUUACUAGUUGCAAAUAGAGGUGAAAUUGCAACAAGAAUUUUAAGAACUGGCCAUGAAAUGGGUAUACGAACAGUUUCUAUCUAUGCCAAACAGGAUGCUUCCUCUAUGCAUCGUUACAAAGCAGAUGAGAGCUACGUCAUCGGAAAAGACAGAGCUGAACCAUUGGGUCCUGUGGAUGCCUAUCUUUGCAUUCCAGAGAUUAUCAAAAUUGCAAAAGACAAUGGUGUGGAUGCCAUUCACCCUGGUUAUGGGUUCUUAUCAGAGAGAGCCGAUUUUGCAAGAGCUUGCAAGGAGAAUGGCAUUACAUUUAUUGGUCCGACCGAUGAUGUGGUUGAGGCCCUCGGAGAUAAAACCACUGCAAGAAAGUUGGCUCAACAAAUUGGAAUUCCUGUCGUUCCAGGUACCGAAAAUGCUGUCACAAGCAUUGUCGAAGCUAAAAGAUUCUGUGCCGAUAUCAAUUUUCCUGUCAUUCUCAAAGCAGCCCAUGGUGGAGGUGGUCGAGGAAUGCGUAUUGUUCGUCGUAUGGAUGAUCUUGAAGAGGCCUUCCAAAGAGCAUCUUCCGAAGCUUUGAAUGCAUUCGGUAGUUCAGCAGUUUUCAUUGAAAAGUAUGUGGAAAAUCCUCGUCACAUUGAAGUGCAAGUGUUGGCAGACAAGUAUGGAAAUGUCGUUCACUUGUACGAAAGAGAUUGCUCUGUUCAAAGAAGACACCAGAAAGUUGUCGAGAUUGCUCCAGCUCCACAUUUAGAUCCUCAAGUCAGACAAAGAAUCCUUAAUGAUGCUACUCGUUUGGCACUUCAUGUGAAAUAUGUCAAUGCAGGUACUUUUGAAUUUCUAGUCGAUUCAAAUGGUAAAGAUUAUUACUUUAUCGAAGUGAAUCCAAGACUUCAAGUCGAACACACCGUCACUGAGGAAAUUACAGGAAUUGACAUUGUUCGUAGUCAAAUUCUCAUUGCAGAAGGAAAGAGUCUCGAAGAAAUUGGUCUCAAACAAGAACUCAUUCAAGUGAGAGGUGCUGCCAUUCAAUGUCGUGUCACCACUGAAGAUCCUUUGAAUGGUUUUCAACCUGACACUGGUGUCAUUGAGGCGUUUAGAACAGGAGAAGGAAUGGGUAUUCGUUUGGAUAUUGGUUCUGGAUAUGUAGGCUCAAGGAUUUCACCAUUCUAUGAUUCCUUACUUGUCAAAGUCAUUGGUAAGGGUCUAACACAUGAAGAAGCAAGUAACAAAUUGAGAAGAGCUUUGGCAGAAUUUAGAAUUCGGGGUGUGAAAAAUAACAUUCCAUUUCUUUUAAAAGUCUUGUCACAUGAAAAGUUCUUGCAUGGAUAUGUAGACACUUCAUUCAUUGAUACGACACCAGAAUUGUUCCAAUUUUUAUCGAGUGGAAACAGAGCUCAAAAGCUUCUUGCAUUCCUCGGAGAAACAGUUGUGAAUGGUCCAACCACUCCAUUGGCUACCAAUUUGGAACCAUCACGUAGAGAUCCAAUUAUCCCUGAAACACCAAAGACAUCACUUCCUAAGGGAUGGAAACAAAUUUUAGGUGAACAAGGUCCUGAAGCAUUCGCCAAAGCCAUUCGCCAGAGCAAACCUUUAUUGAUUACUGACACCACCAUGCGUGACGCUCACCAAUCGUUGUUGGCCACUCGUGUCAGAACCAAAGACCUAUUAGCUAUUGCUCCUUACACUGCACAUGCUAUGGCUAAAUGUCUCUCAUUGGAAAUGGGAGGAGGUGCCACAUUUGACGUGUGUUUGAAUUUCCUUAGAGAAUGUCCAUUUGACAGAUUGGCAAGAUUGAGAGAAGCAAUUCCUAACAUUCCAUUCCAAAUGUUAUUCCGUGGUAGUAACGCAGUAGGUUAUACUGCCUAUCCAGACAAUGUGGUUUACAAGUAUUGCAAAGAGACAGUCAAGUAUGGAAUGGACAUUUUUAGAAUUUUCGAUUCUUUGAAUUAUUUGCCAAACAUGGAAUUGGGUAUUGAUGCUGUCGGAAAUGCUGGAGGUGUCAUUGAGGCAGCCAUCUCCUACACUGGCGAUGUGAGCGAUCCAAAAAAGACCAAAUAUAAUCUCGAGUAUUAUCUUAAACUGGCUCGAGCUCUGGUCGAAAAGGGCAUUCAUAUUUUGUGUAUUAAGGACAUGGCUGGAUUAUUGAAACCAGAAGCAGCCAAAAUGUUAAUUGGAGCUCUUCGUAAGGAAUUUCCUAACACACCCAUUCAUUUACACACUCAUGACACUGCUGGAACUGGUGUUGCUACUGCAUUGGCUGCAGCUCAAGCAGGUGCUGAUAUUAUUGAUGCCGCCAUUGACAGCAUGUCAGGAAUGACCUCACAACCAAGUUUGGGAGCCAUUGUGGCAUCCUUACAAAAUACUCCUCUCGAUACAGAACUUGACUUGAAACAACUUUCAACUGUUUCAAAUUAUUGGGAACAAGCUCGAGGUCUCUAUGCUCCAUUCGAAUGUACCACCACCUUGAGAAGUGGUUCCAGUGAUGUCUAUACACAUGAAAUUCCAGGAGGACAAUAUACCAAUUUGCAAUUCCAAGCAUUUAGUUUAGGAUUGGCCGAUCAAUUCCCCAAGAUUAAGAAAGAUUAUGAAAUUGCAAAUCGAAUUUUAGGAGAUAUUGUGAAAGUAACUCCAAGCAGUAAGGUUGUUGGAGAUUUGGCUCAAUUCAUGGUUCAGAAUAAUCUCAGUGAAAAAGAUGUCAUUGAAAAAGCAGAUCAAUUGUCAUUCCCUAAUUCUGUGAUUGAAUACUUUGAAGGUAAACUUGGAAUUCCAUAUGGUGGAUUCCCAGAACCUCUAAGAACAAAAGUCAUGAGAGGAAAACCAUCCAUUGAAGGAAGACCAGGUGCAUCAAUGCCAGCACUCGAUUUUGACAAGUUGAAACAGAAAUUGUUGCAAGAUUUUGAUUUCAAUGCCUCAGAUGCUGAUUUGUUGUCGUAUGCAUUGUUCCCCAAAGUGUUUGAAGAUUACUUACUCUUCAAACAACAAUUUGGUGACAUUUCCAAUUUGGGAACACGUGAAUAUUUUAAGGGAAUUAAGGUCGGAGAAGAAAUUGAAAUUGAACUUGAAAAGGGUAAAGUAUUGCACAUCAAAUUGAAAGCCAUUGGUGAAGUGGGUACUGAUGGAAAGAGAGAAGUCUAUUUCGAAGUGAAUGGUCAUCCAAGAUUAGUGCUCGUUCAAGAUAAGAAACUAUCCAAGGAACUCAAGAUUCGACCAAAGGCAAGCAAGAAGGAUCCAAAUGAAAUUGGAGCACCAAUGCCUGGCAAGGUCAUUGAUGUGAAGGUGAAGGAAGGAGACAAGGUGAAGAAGGGUGAUACUUUAAUUGUGCAAAGCGCCAUGAAGAUGGAAACUCAAAUUAAGUGCAACACAGAUGGUGUGAUUAAGACAUUAGCUGUGAAAGUUGGAGAUGAAUUGACUGGUGGAGAUUUGGUGUGUGUGAUCGCACCUUAA